AUGAAUGCGGGGUCAUUAUAUCCCGCAGACAACAAAAUAGCUCGGGAUGAUCAAAUACCUGGUAGAUACCUUAUCUAUCGCAUUCCUUUAUCGUUUCAGGAAUAUGAUGAUGAUGAUGAUGAUGAGGGAUGUAAGGAUGAGCUAAUGUUCCUGAAGGGAGCAUAUGUACGCUACGUACGCUACUGGCACCGACUGCCGGUGGAGAUCUGA